GGCUUUUAAUUUAACGUUUCUUUAUCGCCCAUAAGACAGUUAAUUACAUUCGUACCAAUCCAGUAAAUUUCAUCACAUAGUAUAUUUCGUCCAGCUGUUUCUUUCUUUUGUGUCCCUCUUCCAGCGUUCGCUCCUCUCUUUCUCUAUCUUUGGAAAUGCCAAGCGCGUUUUGCGCUACCCUUUGCUGAUCUCGCUGCUCGCCGACUUUCUCAAACCCAAGUCCUAAUUAACUUGGAAUCCAGCGACUAUGUCAAAUAUUUUCUCAUACACAUAAAUACGUGCGCAUACGUGCGUCCAUAGCGCAAGUGCGCAUACAAACGCGUCGGCACAACUACCGAUUCCCCCAAAGGGGUUUAAAACUUACAUGUCACUUUCUUUUCAGGCACUGCUUUUAUCGACAAUGCUAGUCGCGACAUGGAGUAAGCCGCAAGGACCGGCAUAUCUACCGCCGAGUGCCUCCCCCUCGGCUCCAAGGCCACAGCAUGGCCAUCCAGACGAAUGGGCAGGGGAUCCAGUAAACUACGAAUUUUCCUACGAAGUUCAGGACGCAAUGGCUGGCCUGGACUUUGGCCACAGAGAGAUGCGCAAGGACGACGAAGCAACCGGAAGUUAUCACGUUCUCCUUCCGGACGGUAGAACACAAUUCGUCGACUACGUGGCCGACGAAGGCGGCUACAGGCCAAUAAUUCGAUAUGAGGGUACGGCUUCGUACCCCGGACCAUCGCCGUCAGGCGGUGCCGAGGGAUACAAAUAUAGAAAAAAAUAAUUGAAAAAUAAAGGAUAUGCCA